UGUCAAAAACUUUUCUCUCUCAGCAAAAUCAGCUUGAACUCUCGCCGCUCAGCUAGCCUUUGUUCUGUGUGUGAGCUCAGUCAGUAAUGUGUGCUCUGACUCUGAGACCAUAGAAUCCACCAUGGAAAUCCCAAGCCUUUACAAGAAGCUCAGGUACUUCUCAAACUCUUGCUCUGUUUACUCUCUCUUCUCUCACUCCCCACACCCAUUUCUCUCUCCUAAAACCCUCGUCUCACCCAGUUCCUCUCCAGAAAUUUUCUUCAUUUCCAAUCAUUUUCAUUUUCACACAAAACCCACUUCCAGUUCUCUGUAUCCACUCAUUUCCUCAUCUGGGUCAUCCUUAUUUUCCGCCAUAACCUGCCCAAUUCCACAAUCUUCACAAAAUUUACAUUUCUAUAGCUGUAACAAUAAUGAGUAUAGACAUCAAUUUUGGAAUCUAGGUUUGGUUAAACCUUGUGUUAAUAGAUUCACUCGUUGGUUUUCAGUGUCUUCUAAGGAUGUGUCAUCGGGUUCAGCUGGGUUGAGUGAGAUGAAUUCUAUUAAAAAUGUUAAAUUUCGGAAAAUGGGUGUUGAUGGGAUUAGGCCAAAACCUACUCGAAAGCAAGUUUCGGAAAUUAUUGGCUUGGUUAUGAGGGAUGAAAAUGAUUUGGAGUCUAAGUUGGAUUCUAUGAAUGUAAAUUUAUCUAUUGAUUCAAUUACUGAGGUUUUUUGGGUUUUAAAUUUUGAAAGAGUGUCCGCAUUGCGUUUCUUUAAUUGGAUUAGAGGUUCGCGGCCAGAUCUUUACUGCAAUUCUGAUAUUUGUAGUUUGGUUAUUGAUAAUUGUGGUUGGUUAGAUGACCACAAGGCCAUGCUUUGUAUUCUGAAUGAGUUAAGGAAAAGAAAAAUUUGUCUUAACAAGAAGGCAUUUGGGUUCUUACCUGUUUUGGUUUCAAACAAGGAAUCCAUUAUGCACUCUGUAAGAAGAGUGGUAGAGGUGUUGAAGGAAGUUGGGGGGUCAUGCCGGAACUCUGGGAUUUACUCAUUGAUUGAGAUGUUUGUCUCUUUGGGUUCCUUUGAAAUGGCAGAAUUUGUGAUGGAAAUAACAGAGAGGAAGGCAGUUUAUUACAAUGUUUUGGUUAGGGAGAAGUGUCGAAGAUGCGAUUUUGAAGGAGCUAGAGAAGUGCUUGAUGAGAUGAGGCUAAGGGGUUGUUGUGAUCGAAUUGUCAUUGGCUACAAUUAUUUACUUAGUAGUUUAUGCAAGAAUGACAAAACUGUUGAAGCUAGUCAGGUACUGGAAGAAAUACAAGUAAGGGAUUGGCUUCCUGAUGCAUUAACCUUUGAGAUAUUUAUUUGUUACUCGUUUAGACUUGGAAAGCCCGAUCUUGCUUCCCAGUUUCUUGACAGGAUGGUGUCAAAUGGUGUUGAACCUCGUCAUAGCACACAUGCUGCUUUUAUCAAGGGUUAUUUCAGUUUACUGAAAUAUGAGGAAGCAUAUAAGUACGUGGUUGAUUCAAGUGUUAAGCUUAGGUUCUCAAGCAAUCUAAAUUACAGCCUGCUUGCAAGCCUUCAUCAGAAGAAAGGAAAUGUGGUCAUUGCACGAAAUAUUCUUUUGGAAAUGAUUAAAAAGGGUCUCAGACCAAACUUUGCAGUGUAUAUGAGGGUUUUGCGUCAUCUAAAUAAUGCAGGCAGGGAAGACUUGGCCAGAGACUUAAAGAGCAGCUUCUCUAGUUUGAGUUUACAGCCAAGUUUAGAAACUGGAUGAGUUCUGUAGGCUAACACAUUAGAGCAUUUCCAGUGGAUUUUAUUUCUCACUUUAAUUGAACAAGAAGAAUGGGAUCCUGAUCAUGAAACUCUGUUGGCAUUGUCUACUGAUGAUGGAAGGUUGAUAGUUUGGGAUCUCAAUGGGAAUUUUACAUUAGAUAUAGGUGCUAAGAAUGUGCUCACUUUUCUUUUGUUUUGUUUCGUAAAACUUAAUAUUAGCACCCUAAUUUCUCUUCACAUUAAUUUGUAUAUAUCUUUAUGCAAAAUUUGGCUACCAAGAAGAUUAAGGAAAAUAGGAAAAGCAUUGAAAAUAUUGUUGAUUUUUACCAAUUGUAAGAAUCUGCUCCUAAUUUUUGGUAGAACUUUCUAUUGAACAUGUGAUUGAUGUGUGCAUUAAUCUCAGUUGUUCUUUAUCAUGGGAAUUUAAUUGAAUCUUGUGUUCGGCUUAUUGAUGAUUUAGACUUGCUUUUCUAUGUUUGAAUCAUGAUUAGUGAACAUGGAACCAUGCAUUGGGAAGAUUCACAAACAAGUUUUGCAUUUCAAUAUGAGAUUUUUCUUGCUAUUUUUAAUCUGUUCUUUCAACAAUGAGAUGGUUCAUAUUAUACCAAGACAUUGAAGUUAUGGUCUUCUUGUCUUAUAUAUCAAAUUACAAUACUAUACUUAAGACUCUCUGAUAUAUUUGUGAGAGUUCUGCGCACAAGGAAUGCUUUACCUUCUUUAAUUGAUAACUAAUGCUAUUAGAAUUAGAAAUGAGUUGUCAGAGAGAGCUGUGGAAGAUGGUCCUCUGGAGCUUCUAUUUUCUCACAGGUCAAAAGGCAAAGAUAUCAGAUUUUUGUUUGAACAAGUAUCAGCAAUGGGUCAUUAGCAUCCUUAGUCUCAAGAGAGUUUUUUCUAAUUGUAAUUUCAGUUGGGUUAGGAGAGAUUGUAAUUCAGCAGCGUGAGCUGCUGCAAGGCUCUCCCUUUUAUCUUCUAAGUCAUUUUCUUUUAAAUAAACUCAGUCUUCUAGAUG